AUGGGGUUUAAAGUAGGUGACAUGGUGAUGCUUAAGGUCUCUCCAUGGAAAGGUAUCAUUCGUUUUGGAAAAUGGGGCAAGUUGAGUCCUCGUUUUAUUGGACCUUUUAAGAUUUUGGAGCAGAUUAAAGAUCAAGCUUAUUGUUUGGAUUUGCCUCCAGAAUUGGAAGGUAUUCACCCUACAUUUCAUGUUUGUUACUUAAGGAAAUGUUUGGCCGGGGAAGAGAAUGUAAUUCCUAUAGAAGAUAUAAGUAUUGAUCCGAAGAAGAGGAUGAUUGAUGAGCCGAUAAAGAUAGUUGAUCGAAAGCAAAAGAAGCUUCGUCGGAAGAUGAUUGAUCUUGUACUUGUGAAAUGGAAGCACACACGAGGGGAAAGCUUGACAUGGGAAACGGAAUCGGUGAUGAAGGAGCAUUACCCUCACUUGUUUGAGGAAGAGGUGAUUCCAAGGACGGAAUCCUCCUAA